AUGAACCACGCUUCCGGUCUGCCGAAACCAACUGUUCGUUUUAUUCGUGACGGUUUGCUUAUAACAGAAGGUGUUACUACGACGAGACGAGGGUCUACCUUGACAAUCGAUGACGUACAGAAUAGUGACGCUGGGAGGUAUCUCUGUGUAGCAGAGAACGUCGGCGGAGCGACGACGUCUUCAGUUGACGUUGCAGUAGCUCGUUCUGGAGUACCGCGCAUAGUGCGAACGCAUAGAGCACAACCUCAUGUAACCGCCGAACAAGUUGCCUUGCAGGUUGGAGUCGGACAAGCGAUGGUCGAUCGUGGCAUGAGGGUUACAAUGAAUGCUGCAGCUACUGGGACUCCUACUCCCACUCUUAGUUGGUACCGAAACGGAAAACAACUGCGAAACAACUCACGUUACGAGGUGGGCAGCGACGGUUCACUGCUGAUUCGCAAAGUCAAUCGGCGCGACGAGGGUACAUUUGAAGUGCGAGCUGUCAACUCGGUUGGAAGGGACAGUGAUACAAUUGGUAUUUGGUUUGCAGAGCGUCCUCUCUUGUCUCGUAGAGAGGGAGCGGACUCUGUGUCUCCUAUUCCGACCUCUGAUCGCAUUUUCUAUCCCGGGCAGUCAGCUGAAGUUGUUCGUGGUCGGACUGUGAGCUUUGUUGCUGGUGCGUCUGGCAGGCCUACUCCUCAUGUUUCCUGGCGUUUGCCGUCAAAACGACUACUUCGCGCCGGACAGUCGCACGGGCGAGUUUCGGUUGCUGACAACGGCGACCUCCAGAUUACUAACGCGCAGCCCAAAGAUUCUGGUCGUUAUAUAGUUUAUGCUCGAAACGUGGCAGGCACUGACAGAGUGCUGAAACGACAGAAAACACAACUUACGGUUUACGAUACUCCCAGACUGACGACUCGAAUGACUGACUCUGUGCUCGUUGACCUCGCUGCAACAAUGCCGUCGAUUGAUAACAGUCUUAUAGUGAAACCAGGCGCUCGCGUAAGGAUGGGAUGUGCGAGCGACGGUUUUCCUGCCCCAGACAUCACGUUUGAGAAAGACGGGUCGGUAUUGGCUGUUGGUGGUCGCACACAAAUAGCCAAUAGAGACAGCGGUGGACAGCAAGUUAUCAUAUUUGACAUUAAACCUACAGACGAAGGACGAUACCGAUGUUUGGCAGCCAAUCGUGCUGGUUUCGACAGUUCGUUUGUUGAUGUAGCCGUUCAAGAAGGUGCACGAAUUGUGAGACAAAUGGGUGCAAUUUUUGGAAAUCAGAAAUCAGUUAGGGUUCAACGAGGUGAACAAUUCCAGAUGACUUGCAAUGCUACCGGUGGGAGCGAUUUGACUGUUCAGUGGCUUCGUUACGGACAAAUUGUUGGUAACACCGGACGAGUAAGGCAGGGCAACGGCGUUUUAAGAUUUGAUAGAGUGGAAGGUGAUGAUUCUGGUGGUUACACCUGCGUCGCACGGGACGGAGCUGGUCAAGAUGAAGACUCUAUCGAACUGACACUCGGAGAAAUGCCACGCAUUGAGGCUUCCCGACAAGGACCUUUACAACGCCCAUUACCAGCAUCUGAUAUGAGCUAUUCUGCUGGACAAACCGCAGAAGUAGUGGAAGGCCAGACGUGCACCGUUGCUCUCCCCAUUUCUGGUGAUCCACGUCCGACCGUUGAGUGGACUCUGCCGAAUGGAACAGUGCUGGAACGAGGUGAAUCGAAAGGAAGAGUCACAGUUCGAGAUGACGGCUCCCUUCGAAUCGAGGCUGUUCGAUUCGGGGACAGUGGAUCGUACAGGGCCACAGUUAGCAGUGUGAUGGGAACGGACAGUGUAGAUACACCAGUAAAAGUAGUGGGUAAGAGUGUAAACGAAAAAUAG